AUGCGCAGGCAUCUAUUCCAGCAUGGUCGAUCCUUAUGCCAAGCUCAAGUCGGACUUUUAAAUUUCAGCUUAUAUAAUGUAGUCAAUCUCGUACCAAGAUGUCAUUCCCCAUUGAUCACUACCAACUAUCUGGCCUCACGAUUUAUCAAUACCUCUUCAUCCUUCUAUUACCCUCAUCCAGCUCAAGCAGGGAAAUGUCGUGAUUCAGUGGAGGAUGGCAGUGUGGAGCCAUCAUCAAGUACGUCACCUGCACCAGAUACACCAAGCAAAGGAAUCACUCUGAGACCAUAUCAAGCACAUGCGAUCCAAGCUUGCCUAGAAGCUUUAUCCUCAGGUUUCAAUCGAAUUGGUGUAAGCUCACCUACAGGAAGUGGGAAAACUACAAUGUUCAUGCAUCUCAUUCCUCUUGUCGAAUUCAGACCUCGAUCGUCUCUCCAUUCUGAUCUUGAUUCUGAGUCCGUCCACGGCGUUCAAGAGCAGAAUCGUAAACAUGAUGAUAACGGUACAAGAAACGGAAAGACAUUGCUAAUAGUCGGAAGUGUAGAACUGGCGAAUCAAUCUGAACAAUCCGCUCGAAGAAUCUUAGGUAAUGAUUGGUCAAUUGAAGUUGAACAGUCUAAAAGAACAGCCAGUGGAAAAGCUGAUGUGACAAUAGCUACGUAUCAAACGCUAAAUAAUCUCGAGAGACUAUAUAAAUUCGAUCCGAGCGAAUAUAAAUUGAUCAUUGUGGAUGAAGCUCAUCAUGCUGCCGCCCAUUCAUAUCUACGUCUCCUCCAUUAUUUUAACCAAAAUGUUAUUCUACCUCCCUCUAUAUCCCCAAUCUCACCGUCAUCCACUCCAAUUUCGACCAAAGUACCCAUAAUCGGAUUUUCAGCUACUUUCUCUAGACCAGAUCAACUAGCGUUAAGUAGCGUAUUCGAGAAAAUCGUAUUUCAUAAGGAUAUCUCAGAGAUGUUGGAUGAUGGUUGGUUAUCACCUGCAAAGUCAACUACUGUACAUGCGAAAUUAGAUCUAAGUAAUGUAGAAGACAAUUCUCAAGGUGAUUAUAACAUUAAUAGUCUUUCAGGAAAAGUUAAUACGAAAGAAAUUAGGGAGUUGAUCGUUGGAACUUAUUUACAUAAAGCUUCCGAUAGAAGAUCGACUCUGAUUUUCUGCGUGGAUCUAUCUCACGUAGCUUGUUUGACGGAUACAUUCAGAGAAGCUGGAAUAGAUGCAAGAUCAAUUUCAUCGCAAUCCAAACCUGAAUUGAGACAACAAACAAUAUCAGCUUUUGGGAAAGGUGAAUUCCCAGUCUUGAUCAACUGCGAAGUCCUAACAGAAGGUACGGACAUACCACAAAUCGAUUCUGUCAUAUUGGCUAGACCUACGAAAAGCCGUAAUCUUCUCGCUCAAAUGGUCGGAAGAGGACUUCGAUUAUCACCUGAAACAGGUAAAAAAGAUUGUCAUAUAAUCGAUAUAGUUGAUAGCGUUAAUAAAGCUGGAGGAAUGUUGGUUUCGCCUACUUUAUGGGGACUGUCUCACGAAGAAAAGGAGCAACGAGAUAGAGAAAGAGGAGACGAAGCUUUGAAUUUAUCAAAAGACGAUGAAUCAAGUGAAGCAGAGAAUAGCUAUCAGAUCACUUUCAUAGACCAAGAUGAUCCUUUCCGUCUCUCUGGGAGUAAUAGACCAAUGAUGGAUAGAGCAAGUAGGAAUGCAUGGGUAACAUGUGGAAAAGGGAAAUAUAUCCUUGAAGCGAUGGGAAACGGUUAUAUCGCCAUUGAUCAUUCAGCUCCUACGGCCCAAUCGAAAUAUACUAUCACUUAUAGACCUUCAAUCCCGCGUGAAAUAGCAGGAAUAAGAGGAUCUAAAUCACCUUUCGGUAGAGUGACAACGGUCGGACAUGCAGAUGAUCUAGAAAGAGCUCUGCAGACUGGAGAUAAGUAUGCUGAGAGGAAAUUGGGCAGGGACUUGUAUCUCCAACUAUCUAAAUAUGCAUCGUGGCGGAGAAAGCCAGCUUCUGAACGAGCCAUCAAACUCCUACUCAAGAUGCAAGGAGUUAAUAAUCCAUCAUCUCUACUAGACGAGGAUGGGGACGAGAGAAACUUAAAUUUAUUUGGUAAAAAUUCGAAAGUGGGCAAUUUGACUGCGGGUGAGGUGUCCAGUUGGUUGUGUGCUGCGAGACAUGGCGCUAAAACGGCUAAAGCAGCUGAGGAACGGAGGGAUGAAAGGAUGCAAAUCAAAUCUGAAAAGAAAGAGGAGAAAGCGAGAGCUUUGAGGGAAAGGAAUUUGCCAUUGCCUGGAAAGAGUUGA